AUGGAUGCUAUGGGUGUAGAGACGGUGGGCCAUGACUUCUUCGCAGAAAAGCAGCCCGUUCAUGGCGCGAGGGCGUACUACUUUAAGCACGUCCUCCAUCACUGGUCCGAUGAGAAAGCGACCAUUGUCUUGAACAAUCUCAAACCCGCCAUGAAGCACCGGUACUCCAAGCUCCUGGUCGAGGAGUUUAUCUUACCCGACCGUAACGCUCAGGUUCUGCCUUGCAUGACUGAUGUUGCGGUUAUGGCAUUUUGUUCAGGUAUUUAG